GAGUUUGCUUUUCGAUGGUCUUUGCGUCGGUUCUCUGAUCGUGUGGUGGUAUGCAGUCUUCUGAUGUUGUUGGGUUCUGGUCUGGCCUCUCCUCGGUUCUCGCAUGCGGGUUGGGGUUUCUUGGCGUCUAGUGAGGGCAAUGCCUUUGUGCUGCUAACCUCUUCUUGAUAAGUUCAGAUUCCUGUCGGGUGUGUUUCAUUAUGAAACUGUAGGAAGGGAGUCGUCUCCUUUGUGGCUCCAAUAUUAGCUUUGUUUCUUCCUCCAAAUCAGUUUUUUUUUUCCGGUGCUACAGAGCGUUGUUCGUGUUCUGGUUACUUCUUUGCGCUUGCCGGUUGUGAAGUGGGGUUUGUAGUUUCUUUGAGGUGUCAUGCUCUUUCCAGUGUUUGGGUUUGUUGAGUGGUUGUCUCCAACAGUUGUUUGUAGGAUGGUGUAUUGAACUUGUGGCUUCGCCGGGUCUCUGAUUACCUUGGGACAAGGGUUAAGCAAGAGAUCACCUUAUCCUUUAUUCCAAUGGUGCUUUAUCUGGUGUUUUUAACACUUCUGUUGGGGUUUGCUAUCUCCCUUUCUUCAAUGUUGGUUUGCCGUGGUCCUAUCAUCAGUGUUGAUGGAAAGAUUGAAGUUUUUAGAUGAAAAUCUUGUUGUCUAUGUUGUUGUAGUUUCUUUAUUUCUCUUGUUUAGUGUCAUGGUUCUGGAAAGGUGUGUCUUUGCCGGCAGUGUGUCUCCCAUAUUUCUCUCGGGCUUUGUUUUAGAUUCCUAAGCGUUGUAACAUUGUACUUCAGUUCAAGUUAAUGCAAUUACAAGAAAAUCAAAAUAGUUAUCUAUCCUUAUUGCAAAAAUUCUCUGCGGCUCUAUCAGAAAAACGAACCAAACCGAAGCAAAGGGGAAUAAAUAUUAAGGGUACUAUCGUCCUUUUACACAGUCGAAAGCCCAAAACCCUUUUCUUCAGUCUUCCUUCCACCUGCAUCGGUUUCUUCUGCAUUUUCCCCUUAAAAUCAAUUCUCGCCGGAGAGCCCCCGUCGACCUGUGUUUGAGAAGAGGAUGUUGAAGUUCCUAUCAAAAGUAAAGAUCGAGUUCAACACAUUGGACCCAAGACUCGCCUCCUGCGUCGAGUUCUUGGCUCAGUGCAACGCGAGGAAGGCCAAAGAGUCCAACCCUAACUGUCAGGUUCUGGUGAAACGCAGAACCGACGAUCAGCCACCGCAGAUCAGUGUCACUUUCGUCAAUGGUGUCGAGGAAGCUUUCGAUGCGGCUGCCACGUCGGCUCAGUCGAUCAGGAAGAUGAUUCUUGAUAAAGGGCAGUAUCUCGAGACGGAGCAGAUGUUCCGUGAAGCCGGGGAGCAGUGGCCUGUCAUCAUCCCUGAGGAGGAGAUUCACCAAGAAGCUCCUGGUGUUAAGCCGAGGAAAGCAGAAGACAAGAAGCAAUGAUAUGCUCGCUUGAUUUGGGUUUGCUCUACAGAUAAAUUUGUAUUGUUUCUUUCUUUAUGUGAACUUAAAAUGUAUGAACUUUUGAUCAGAAACCAUGAAGUUUAACUCAUGUCUUUAUUUUCUCAAUAAGAAGCUGGUGAGGCUUGUUUUGCAAGAAGAUGAGGCAACAUACUGGUCAUUCUAGGAAUAAACUUAAAGCAGAUAGAAGGAAAUAUAGCAGCUAAGGCUUUGAAUAGCUAUAGAUGUCCUUGUGAUGCUUUGUUUCGAUGUUUAGUAUUAGAGCUUUUGCAUCUCGAGCUUGAAAAAAAUAAUUCUA